CCACUAAGAUCCACUCAAGAGUACCUGUUGAUUUACGAACAAGAAAACUAUUUUUUAAACUCCUCACAUCAACAAUUUGUUGACCGUAUAUCUGUUAUAUAUUAUAUUCUUAAUGGAAACCAUCAUUAAGAGUAAUAAUAUGAAUAACCCAGAUAUUUUACAGUAUAGUGAUUGGCAACUGUGUCUACUCUCAGAAAGCAAGAGUAGGCAAAUUCUGUGGCCGUUCCAGCCAAUCAAACAGUUGGAAAGAAACAAACACCAAGUUCUAGAAGGAGAUGGUCCAGAAGAACUGCCUUCAACCAGCUCCACUUAUAGAAAUAAUUUCGUUUCAUUGGUGACCGUCCCUGCACAGAAGUUAACAUCCAGAAUAAAACACUGUGACUACAAGAACAUACAGUUGCUCGUCCCCUUGAGUCAUGACCAAGUGCCUGAUUUCAACAGUGAAGGAUCAAAUGUACAGAACAAAGAUCCACAGCAAAGGACCAUACCUUUAUAUCAGCUGGCUUAUAAUAGGAAAAUAAAAAGUUCAAUACCUAACUUCAAUAGCCUCCAUCCUAUGGAAAAAGAAAUGUGGAAGCCUGUCUUACAACUCAGCAAAAAGGAUAGUCAACAUGCUAUUGCUGUUGUUCUUAAAAACGGCAUUAUGUUAUGUGAACCGUUUAUUGUGGAUAAGCCAAAGUAUACAUCAGUAAAUCAUGUGCACACUGAAGAGGUGUUACUUAAAAAGCUUGACAGGGAAUCUAAGACCAAAUCUAAGACCAAAUCUAAGACCAAAUUUAAGACCAAUUUCAAGACCAGAUCUAAGACCAAAUCUAAGAUUAAAUCUAAGACCAAAUCUAAGACCAAAUUUAAGACCAGAUCUAAGACCAAAUCUAAGACCAAAUUUAAGACCAGAUCUAAGACCAAAUCUAAGACCAAAUUUAAGACCAAUUUCAAGACCAAAUCUAAGACCAAAUUUAAGACCAAAUCUAAGACCAGAUCUAAGACCAGAUCUAAGACCAAAUCUAAGACCAAAUCUAAGACCAAAUUUAAGACCAAUUUCAAGACCAGAUCUAAGACCAAAUCUAAGACCAGAUCUAAGACCAAAUCUAAGACCAUUGUCCCUUGUUUCUUCAGAUUAUGGAAAAAGUUCAUCAGUGGCAACAAAGUUAUGGAACAAAAAUAUCUGUUCAUGUGGGAUUCACAAAACAUUGGGGACCACUUUCUUCACAUGUUUUGA